CACUCAUCAAAACUCACAAUUCAUUUGAUGUCGACAAUUCGAAUACGGUGUCGUACAUUGUAUAUACAGUAUAUUGUAUACAAAUCAUCGAGAUUCAACGAACAAGGCCUUCAAAAACGUUUGUUGAAACGCCAACCUACAUAAAAUAGUGCAUGUCUGACGCAAGUUUUGAGAAAUGUUUGGGCAAUACAGAAGGAAGUAUGAGUAACCCCGCGCAAACUCCACAAUCAGAAGAAAAGCCUCAUAUAUGCAAACAUGCGGAUGAGCAUACAAUCAGUAACACAGGUACCGAAGAUACCUGCACACACAUCGAUAUAGACUAUACUCAAGCGUCACAUCGUUUGUGCUCAACAACGGAGCAGACAGACCUGCUCCACCCAACUACACAAGCACUUGAUACAACCUUAACAGGGAUACCAACAAGGCAGAUUAAUAUGAAAGACACGCUAUCUAAAAAAGUCUCUCAAAAUGACAAACGCAUGUCCACCGAUACACUAGGUCCGCACACGUCGUCAAAGGGUAAUUUCCACAGGGUACAACGCCUGAGUCUGCUUAUUGGUCUGCUGGCCUACUUCAUAUCGCUCUCAAUCUGUGCCUUGGUGGUAUUGUAUGAAGUAAACGUGUUCGAUGAUGUUUCUCCCGUGAAGAUAGCAGUGCCGGUGGCUUCCAGCUUGGUACGCUAUAUCAACGACACAGUACCAUGCUCAGAUUUAGUGGACGAGUACACAGAUCACGUGGUGAAUAUUUUAGAAGAAUCAGGGUACGAAAACAAGACACGGAACGAAAUCGCCGAUUAUAUAGCGGAACAACUGGGCUACACCCGUCAUUUGCAUAACGCAUUGGUUUUAGCUGGAGAUAAGGACAUGGCCAGUGCCGCUGUCGGCAUUGUCAUCACCGACUACUUGGAGGGAAAUUAUGAACAGUACAAUAACACACAACAGUUGCGGUCUGAUAUCACGGCAGCGGUUGGGGAUGACGCCACUCUGUGCCUUCAAGUGGCGACACUCUUGGCACUGAAUACAGGUAGUAGCAUGGAAUAUAACGCAGAAGUCGAUGAUCUGACUGAAUCGUUAGGCACCGAACUGACUGAUGCACUAGGCCUCGGUGACCUCUUUGGCUAUACCAGACAAGUAUAUUUGUUGCAAGCCAAAGAGGAUGGGCUCGAUGGCAUGUUCAUAGUGUGCACGUUGUGUUACACCCUCGCAGAAGUCCUGUUCGUGGUGGUCGGCAUAUUGGUAUACAAGUACCGGAGCGAGCCAGAAAUCUUUUCCAGGCAUCGAUUUUUCCUCAUACACUUUAAUGUCGGUGGACUAAUUGUUCCUCCAGCAGCUCUACUACUAGUCGCCGUAUCCACAGCACAAUUGUCUCUGGACUACAAAACGAACGAUACACUCUACACCGUGUUUGGUGCGGUGCUGAGUUUGAUCGCGGUGAUGGGUCCGAUAAGCGCCGUAUUUUUGAGGCAGCGUUUUAUGUAUCAGGUGUUCUGGAAAAGCGGGCCCAAUACCAGCGAUGCGCACUACUUCAUCAUGCUGCCGUGGUAUCUGUUGCUCUCACUCGUUAUCAUUGCCACCGAUGUUGUGAGCCACUAUAUAGACGCUGACCGGUCUGCCACGCAGUACAUCAGCUACAUCCCCAUCUACAUAGUGGCGGUGAUUUUGGGCAUAGAGUUCUCGUACUAUGUCUGGCGUGUGCGUCAUUCGUCCCACGUGUUUGUGGAUGUGUGGCAAGCGUACCGCUUCCUCAUCGCCUGGCUGCUGUCGUUCUUGAUAUUCCACUUUGCCGUCGCCCACCGCAACAGCAUGGCAUUGGGAUCUGUGUCGGCCACGCUGCACCUCGUGGCCUGUUUGGUCGCUGCCUACGUUGACUUCUUCCUCUUACCUAUCCUCAAGGUGUUCGGCCGACGAAAUGGUCUGCAUAUCUUAGAAGGUUAUGACUUCGCGGGGUGUACCUUAGGGAUCGAUUUUAACCAUGUAGAGCUGGUGCUGGACGAUCCCGAGGCCUGUGCGCUAUUAUUAGAUUUCUUGCGCAAUCGGGUCUGCAGCGAAGGGGUCGAGUUUCUGAUUGAGCUGCGAGACCUGCAGCUGCUGUAUGAGUUGGAGAACAAGUCACAUGCUGAGUAUUGGGAAAGGGUUAAGCACAUUUCGGAUACGUACAUCUACCCACAAUGCCUGAACCUUUCAUCGCAGUGUCAAAAGACAUUGGCGAGCAAACUCAGAGAACUGCGUGCACAUCUCGAUAAAACCGAGGAGAAGAGUCGCCAGACGCCCAAGGCAUCAAGGCGUAGAACACACAUCUCACAGCAAUCGCCGCAGGUACAUCAUCCAUCCACAAUACAGGAGCACAAACGCCAAUCUCAGUCACAAUCACAAGCCACACUAGAACAGUCCUCGUCCGAAGCGUCACCCCUACCUGUCGUAGUGACAUCACAGUCCUAUAUAUCGUUUCCCUAUCCCCCGACCGAGUCACACGUACGAUCAGAAUCCUGUGACGGGGAUUUGGAUGGUGGUAUCGUUACAGCCAAUGAGAGCGGCCACCCAGGUCUAUUAGAGGGCCUUCCUUGCCCUGCAAGUAGGACCUGCCCUACCAGUCGCACGUGCCCCCCGGCACCCACAGGCUUGGCCACGCAAAUCAGUGCACCUGGGGGGCUGGUAUCGGUCCGCUCGAGUCAGUCCAACCAGACCCAAAGCCGAGGUCCAAUGAGUCCUAUAACGCGGUCGUUGCACCGGGCGCACAGUGGGUUCAAGAGUGGUCUAGUAACGCUCGACAGCCAACUCAAGAACACCCACGGUGAUGGCGCGGAGUACGAGCAAGCACUCAAGGCCAUUGACUGGGGAGAGGUCGUCCGCUGGUUUGACAGUGCGAAGAAGGAGCUCACUGACCUGCUGCUGGGUGGGCAGCUGAGAGAGUUCUGCACACAGUCACAGAUGCGUAUGUUGAUACAGAAGCGCAUUGCGCAGAACAACACGCUUAUGGAACACAGAAUUGUACAGAGUAACACCAUUGACGGAGAGUCACCCUCGCCCCAGCCCGUGCAGAAGGUGGGCAGUGUGGGAGAGAUAGGCAUGCUGGAUAUCGCUAUGGGUGAGCGGAGUGUUAGUGUGCACAAGAAGCGCAGCACAAUUACGGAGGAGAUGUGCACGACUUUGGUGCACGAUGGCGCAGGGGACGCACACGCAAGUAUUCACGUCAGCCACGAUGGCCGGCCACAUCGACAUGACAGCAAACACAACCGCACCAGCAACAGCACGUUGGAUGACGAUCUAGUGAGUACGGGUAGCAUGGGAUCAAAUAACACGCUGCACAGUAGUUCAUUUAAUAUGAGCGAUCACCCGCGGCUCUUGCCGUCGAGCAACAGAGAGGUCACGGCGAGUGUCACUCGCGUCUUGUCGUCGAGAUUAGACCAGCUCACAUCCACACGACACGCCAAGCGCACCUCACACCCAUACCAACAGACACACCCACACACGCUUUCUCACACCUCGCGCAGUCUGUCCGCGCUGCCGACGUACCUGCGCUCUAGUGUUGCACACGAAAGAAACCCCUCAUACGACAGAGAACGGGAUGGAGAUAUAGCCAAGCACAGUUUCAAUGCUAGCUCGACGAAUAGUGGGCGCGAGCGCUUACGGGCACGCAGAGGCAGCAUAAAUGGGCCUGGCGCACGCUCGGACAUACGAGCACAGACACAGGCACACCCGCGCACAUCUUUGUCUUCUAACGUGCGGAUGAGCGCUGAGAGUGUUUUGUGGAAUGAGCUCGCCAUUGCCAGCCAGAAUAGCUUCUGUAGUCUACGCGUGGUCAGAACCAGUAGUAUUGCGUCAGUAGAGAAAGGGGGUGGCACAGGCAGUCCAAUCCAUCCCUCAGCCAUAGCCAAGCCUGACGGAGGACCGGGUAAGGCCGAGAAGCUACCUACCUCGAAUGUAAGUAGAGCUUGCAGCACGGGGGGCUUACCCACCUCUUCGCUGUGUGCAUUUGCUCGAGAUAUAGCACGCGCUGAUAAGAACUGCACCAAUGUCAGCAGCAGUGUGGGUCCGCAUAGCAGCCUGCUCAAUGCGGCGCAAACCAUUCCGAUGGACGAUGCUGUGCAUAGAGGUGGCGUCAUGUCUCCUGCCAUAGCGGAAUCUGGCCCCAUAUAUAUCAGUGAUGCAGAGGACUCGCAGGACGAGGACAGUACAACUUGUGUAUGAAGGAGGCAGUAUAGACGGGUGUAGAUUAAUACAAACUGUUAUUGAUAUGCAGAAGGGAACGGAAAACAAUGCGGAAUGUUUUUGAAGAGAUUCUCGCAUCUGUGCGUAGCUAUCCAGUCGAAUAGACUGUUGUGUGCCCAAACGAACGAACGUGGGUCAAGACUUCUGAUUUUCGAAGAUGUAGCGCACAUGAUCAUACAUAAAAUGAUCAAACAUAAAAUAUGUAUGGAUAAUGAAGACUCGCUAAUCAGCGCAUUGCUGUUCAUUACAUACACGGACGUAGGCUUGUACGUAUGCAAGCCGACUGUUGGAAUAAUCUAUCUCCAUACCUGGUUUGAGGGUGAACUGUUAACGUUUGCUACAGAGUGCUGUGUAUAGGUGUGCAAGUGGUUGAGCCUUCGGCAAACCAAAUUGAAGCGAUCUGUCGUAAGUAGUGGGAUCGUGUAUCCCAAGCGAUUAUAGCUGGCAUCGACUGUCAGCCAAAGCUCCGCGUGGCUGGUAUACACCGCUGGGUGUCUACCUGCAUAUGAGAGAGAGCCGAAUAAAUUAACACGUCGUGUUCUAUAUUAAAAGUGAUCUGGCAGCACCUGUUUGAUAUUUUACGGACUUUUAAAACUGGGUGCACACCUGUCCAACCAACUAAACGUUUUAUGCGGUGCUGCUAUAGGAAUACGGGGUAUAGAACAUCAAUAUUAUCUAACCCAGAGCGAACCAAUGCCUUGUGCAUCUUUCUAGCAAAGGGUUACGAAGAAGGUUAUCACUUCACACAAAAAUACACGAUCAGUUCUAUCAACUUCGAUGACCGUUCCAUUUUUUAUUAUCAUUCGUAAAUAUUUUCCACACCAUUCUCUGAACAUUUUUUUGUCCUGAAGGACAUCAGCUGUGUUGUUUUUGUUUUUAAAAAAAUAUAAAAAAACAACAAUGAGUAUUUACG